ACCGCGCAUCCUUAUUAUCCUGGUCGAAGCUACCCUGCAUCCGCCAGCAGACCCGCCCGUAGCCAGUUUGGUUUCUUUCGGGAAGACCGCUUUAACAGCCACGGAUUUGCCGGCCCUCGCCCAGCUUCCAACUCAAGGCCGACUGUUCCCGAGAGGCUGCGCCAGCCGACGCGGGUUGCCGCGGCGGCGGCGCCGGCGCGCGCCAUGGCCGCGGCGCGCGCCGCCCUUCUCCUGGCCUUGGCGUGCGGCGCGAUGGCUGGCGUGGGUACGGCGGGGACACCGGCAGCACUCCUGGACGCGCAGGCGGCCGAGGCCAACGCAAGCAGGAGCAGGGUCCAGCAGGCGAGCCCUCCCCCCGCCCCGGGGAGGGCAGGUUCGGAGGCGCAGGUGCAGGCGCACGUCGAUUUUGCCGUGGGCUGCGUGCUGUUAGGCGCGGUGACCUUCAUCAUGACCCUCUUCUCGGGGGCGGACAGAGCCCCCAACAGUGACACGUCGGUUACUGAAUUGUCCGUGUUCGGUUCUCGAGAGGGCGCCGAGGCCGUUAUUUUCCAGGCUUGCGCCCGCCAGGUUUGGGCCUCAGGUCGUUUUCUCUAAAUCACGUUUUACUAAAGGGUGGUCUGUCCAUCCCCGAUCUUCUACUUCCUGAACAGCAAGGACCCGGACAGGCGCAACUACUCUUGGGCCAUCGUCAGCUCGGCCAUCGUCACGUUCUGUGGCGUGCUGGUCACGAGUGCGUGGAACGGCUUGAACAAGUAUUUCUAUAGCGAAUAUACAGGGAGUGCACCUGGACAGAAUGCACAGGCCCUGCUCUGUCUGUGGGCAUACCUGGGUUGGUACUUGGCGCUGCAGGUGGUGCUCGCCUAUCUGUCUGGCGCCAUAGGGCAGGCGCCGAAAAGUGUAGACAGUAUGGUCUCGGAGUGCAAGUGCUGGGCGACGCUGAUGAGCAUGAUCACCGGCAACUCGUGCAUGAGUUUCUGGGGCCUUGUGCAAAUUUCUGCCCGCACGGCAUACCCCGAAAGCACUCUUGCCAUCUUCCUGGUCAUUCCGAUCUGUGUGAUCUGUCAGUUGGUCCUGUUUUGGGUGUCCCACCGCGCGCGAUACUGGACCGCCUUGGCCGACGAUGGCAAGAUGGACCAGUACGAAGCGCUGUGGGACAAGUUUGUGGCAGAUCUGGAGGGGAGCGUCCUGAACAUGUCGGUGUCGCACCUCUCCAUCCAGGCCGUCCGCGCGGUGAUUUCUGGUGACAUGCCGCUGUUCAACGGGACGAACCCACGAGGUUUCCACGCCCAAUUGAUGGAUGCGUAUGAGCUGUUCCUCAUGGCCUUAGUGUUUGGGAUCACCAUGGUUGUCGUCAACUUGAUACACAUACGAUUCCGCGGCAUAGAGUUGAAAGUUACGAAAAGCCGAUUGAAGGGCACCCUCGGCAAUUGCAUCGCGUUCUGUGUCCUAUGGGGCCUGAAUUGGUCUAUUGGAAGAACUUGGGGCGUCCAUGGCGUGGUUGGCGGCAUGGUAUUGGCCCUUGUGGUGACUAUGUUGGGCAUGUUUCUGAUCGUCGUUCUCGACCAGCUUGCGGACCUCGAGUGCACAGGCGAGACGUUCGAUGAGGAGCUCUACGCUUUCUGCCCGUGCAUCGCGAUCCUAAUCGGGUUUUCGUGGAAGCAGGCGUUCACGACCUCCGUCGGGACGCUGACGCAGCAAACACACUACCUCGACCCAGCCAUCGAGACAUUGAUAUUGACAGCCUGCCUCGUCACGGUUGUCAUCCCCGCCUGGAAGUGGUACAUACUUCCCGUCAUCUUGGAGCCCGAGCUGGCAGCCAUCAAGAAGACCAUGCCGGACGUGGAGAACCUCGAGGGCGAGAACGCCGUCAGGCUUGCCAUCGCGGGCACCGCCCAGUACGACGUGAAGGCGAUGCAGGAGGCCGAGGAGCAGAGGGACCCCUCCCGGGCAGCGGGGCUCCACGCUGCGCUGCUGCAGAAGCGCGACACCUCGGCCCCGGGCGAUGAGCUGCUCAGACGGCGCAACGAGGAGCUCGAGAUGGCGAUCGCCCGCAUCCACGGCCUCUGCUCGGCCGCCGGCGGCGCGCGGGUGUGACGGGCCGCUGGGCGUGUCGUGGGCGUCUGCGCCACCCGACUCAGCGUGUCAGAGGUGGGCCCCUGAGGGACGGGGGCUCAAGGAUAGGAGUUGAUCCAAGGGUGGAUUCGACGUGCAACAUUUGCGAGACAAUUUCUUACAUGGUGUUACUGCGCGCCGAGUGGACACACGUCCACCGCACCAGCACCCAUUAUCUCCCGGCUUCCCCUCCUCGUUGCGCCCUCUCUGACAAUGCGCUCCUUGACUUUGUGAUCGCCCCCAGCGUAUCGCAUGCGAAGAUGCACUCAUUAAUCGAUUGACGUUGCGCGCCGAGUGGAGCACGUCCACCGCGUCGACAACGAAUAUAAGUUGUCUCGUUGCAUGCCGAGUGGGAAGCGUCCACCGCGCCGGCAAUAGUUCUUCUUCUGCCACGGUGACUGUGCUUCUAUUGGCCCAACAAAAUGAGAAUGCAGGGAUAGGGGCGAUUGGGGUUCAUCGCGUAGCAUCAGUGGGGACUUAGAAGGAGG